AUGGAUAUUGGAUUACUUUUAAAUUCAAGACCGGUAUUAACCGAGUCUUUGGAUAAACCAUCAUCUCCAAGAAAUAAUAAUAAUAAUCAACAGGAUAUCAAUAAUACAAACUAUACUGCAAUGGCAUCACCAAGAAAUAAUUUAAAAAAGGUUAAAGUUGAAACCAAUGAAUCAUAUCAACUAUCACCAAAUAUUCAAUCGGCAAAUAAUAAUAAUAAUAAUAACAACAAAAUAUAUAAUCAACAACAACAACAACAACCAAUACCCCUAUCAACCUAA